AUCAUAGGAAACACUGGAAGGUCUCUGGUGAAACUUUCACGCUUAUUUCAAGAUGUAGGUGACAUUUUUCUUCUGAGACGAAUUCAACCUAAGUGACAUACUGAACUACAAUCACUGUCACAUCGACUGCACUGAUUGAUUCUGGACGGCUGCUGAAUCGGGUCACUGACCAUCAGGCGUUUCAGUCACCAUGCUGGACAUUCACUUAGAAAGGAAAUGAAUUAUUUUAAUCAAACAUCGCUUGAGACUAACCUUGAGGACUAUGAUUAUAUCUUCGCCGAUGAGACUUUUAAACUCCUGACGUUCACCAUCGGAUCUAUCGGUGUCCUGGGCUUCUGUAAUAAUAUCAUCGUCAUUAUUCUCUACUACAGGUUCAAGAGACUCCGAACACCAACUAAUUUGUUAAUAGUGAAUAUAAGUGUCAGCGAUCUGCUGGUGUCAGUCACUGGGGUUAAUUUCACAUUCGUCUCGUGCGUGAAGAGAAGAUGGAUCUUUAAUUCUGCCACAUGUGUUUGGGAUGGAUUCAGCAACAGUUUAUUCGGCAUCGUGUCCAUCAUGACUCUCUCCGGUCUGGCGUAUGAGCGCUACAUCCGUGUGGUUCAUGCCAAGGUCAUUGACUUCCCCUGGGCCUGGAGGGCCAUCACACACAUCUGGCUGUACUCUUUGGCCUGGACUGGAGCUCCUCUCCUGGGAUGGAACCGCUACACGCUAGAAGUCCAUCAGUUAGGCUGCUCUCUUGACUGGGCUUCCAAAGAUCCCAACGACGCUUCCUUCAUUCUCUUCUUCCUCCUCGGAUGCUUCUUUGUUCCUGUAGGCGUCAUGGCCUACUGUUAUGGAAACAUCUUGUACACUGUGAAAAUGCUGCGUUCUAUCCAGGAUCUGCAGACGGUUCAGACGAUUAAGAUCCUGCGAUAUGAGAAGAAAGUGGCGGCGAUGUUUCUAAUGAUGAUCACCUGUUUCCUGGUGUGCUGGACGCCCUAUGCUGUGGUCUCCAUGCUGGAGGCUUUUGGCCGGAAGAGUUUCAUCUCCCCCACUUUUGCCAUCAUUCCCUCUCUCUUCGCCAAAUCCAGCACUGCCUACAACCCCGUCAUCUACGCCUUCAUGAGCAGAAAGUUUCGCAGGUGUAUGUUACAGAUGCUGUGUUCUCGUCUGGCCAGUGUGCAGCACAGCAUUAAGGACCAUCCCCUGGCCCGCAUUGAACAUCCUAUACGGCCCAUUGUGAUGUCACAGAGCCGUCCCGACCGGCCGAAAAAGAGAGUGACCUUCAGCUCUUCCUCCAUCGUAUUCAUCAUCGCUAGCAAUGACACUCAUCAUCUGGAUAUUACCUCCAAAUGCAAUGACGAACCAGACAUAAACGUAAUUCAAGUUCGACCGCUUUGACACUUGCUGCAGUCACAUAAAAGAACGACGCUGGGGUUCAUUAACAUCACACUAAUUUAAUACUUAUAACAUACAGAAGAUACAGAAACAUCUUUUUUAUAAAUAAAUAUGGAAACAAGGAUUUCUUUAUUUUUGCAACAUAAACUAACUUUUUUGUGUAUCAAGACUUGUGUGAAUUAUAUCAAUUGUAACUAUUUUAUGAAAAUGACUUGGAGUUGUUUAUGAUUUUCUCCAUCAUUUCAGACACUGAAACUUCACCCAGUUUCGUGAGCUGGUGAGAUAUCCGCAGCUUAGAUUGCAUAGUCUGUGAGCAGAAUACAUUAGUGAGUGUGCUCAGAUAGAUUAGGAACACAGUUUAGUGCAAGGACAUUUGUCAAAACUGCAGCAUCUCAUACAUAAUGUCAGUCAGGUCUACAGCGCCCCCUGGAGGAAGCAAAGUGUGUGUCCUUAAAACAAGCCAAACGUAACUAUUUCUAAUAAUCAAUUUUUGAUUAAAGGCUUUAACAAACCCUAAAAUAUUAAGCUUUGGUGAGUUUACCAAAAAUUGCAUUAUUCUUGAGAAGAUCUCUGUUUUUCGUUUUCUUUUAUAGUGAAUAUAGAUUUUUUUUAAAUCCACUGAGGCGAUGCACACUCUGAAAAACGACUUUUAAU